CAAGCUGAAACGUUUCAAAAGAGGCUUAACCGGCGCAAGAGAGAAGGAGGAAGUCACCUUUGGAAGUUGGGCACAGCACACCGGUUAUACCUGUCAGUCAGAGCUGAGCCCGUGCUUUCAGGAACAUGGCAACAACUGCUGCUGACGGCAACCUAAAACCAUACUUGAGAAAGAAUGGAGUGAAAUGCGAACAUAUCGGGAAAAACGGCUAUCAUAACCACAAGGAGAAAAAUGGCCAGGGGACCGGCGUUGCCUCCAGACGCCACAAGCAUGAGCCCUUUGAGCAGGCUCCCAUGUAUGUCGCUGUGCUAACAUACCUGGGCUUUGGCAUUGUCACCCUGUUUGGCUACCUCAGAGACUUCCUCAGAGCUGUGGGUUUGGAAAAGUGCAACAUUGCCCAGGAAAGAGAGAAACAGAAGGAUUUUGUCCCACUUUAUCAAGAUUUUGAGAACUUUUAUACUCGAAACCUGUACAUGAGGGUACGAGACAACUGGAACCGCCCCAUAUGCAGCCUACCAGGACCUGUCUUCGACCUGAUGGAAAGGGUAUCUGAUGACUACAACUGGACAUUCAGGUUUACCGGGAAGACAAUACACGAUGUUAUCAACAUGGGCUCGUACAACUACCUUGGCUUUGCUGAGAACAAUGCUGAUUUCCUGAAAACUGUGGCAGAUAAAGUGCGCCAGUAUGGGGUUGGGGUUUGCAGCACAAGACAGGAAAUAGGUAACCUGAGCAUCCAUGAAGAGCUGGAACAACUUGUGGCCAAUUUCCUUGGAGUCGAGUCCGCUAUGACUUAUGGGAUGGGUUUCGCCACCAACUCAAUGAAUAUUCCAGCACUUGUGGGCAAGGGUUGUUUGAUACUAAGCGAUGAGCUCAAUCACACUUCUCUCAUCUUGGGAGCCAGACUGUCAGGAGCAACCAUCCGAGUGUUCAAACACAACAACAUGCAGAGUCUGGAGAAGAUGCUAAAAGAAGCAGUUUGCUCAGGACAGCCUCGGACCCACAGACCCUGGAAAAAGAUUCUCAUCGUGGUGGAAGGCAUCUACAGCAUGGAGGGUUCAGUGGUGCGACUGCCUGAAGUCAUCGCUCUGAAGAAGAAAUACAAAGCGUACCUGUACCUGGAUGAAGCCCACAGCAUCGGAGCAGUGGGCCAAACAGGGAGGGGUGUGACCGAGCUGUUUAAUGUGAACACGGCUGAUGUGGACGUGAUGAUGGGGACUUUUACAAAGAGCUUCGGGGCAUCUGGAGGCUAUAUCGCAGGGAAAAAGGAGCUGGUGGACUACCUGCGGACACAUUCUCACAGUGCAGUAUACGCCACGGCCAUGUCCCCUCCUGCCACUGAGCAGAUAAUACGUGCCAUGAAGUGCAUCAUGGGAAAAGAUGGAAGCACAGAGGGAAUGAGACGGAUUCGCCAACUGGCAGAGAACGCCAAAUACUUCAGAUCCAGACUGAAGGAGAUGGGCUUCAUCAUCUACGGCAAUGAUGACUCACCUGUGGUUCCAGUGCUGCUCUACAUGCCAGCCAAAGUGGUGGCUUUUGCGCGAGAAAUGCUGGCGAGAAAAAUCGGCGUAGUUGUGGUCGGCUUUCCAGCAACGCCGAUCACAGAGGCCCGAGCUCGUUUCUGUGUAUCUGCUGCACACACCAGGGAUAUGCUGAACCGGGUGCUCGAUUGUAUGAAUGAGGUGGGAGAUCUUCUCUGCCUGAAGUUCUCGCGGCGGAAAUAUUCCCCUCAGCCCGACCUGUGCGAUGAGACAGACUUCGAGCUGGACAGCUGAUAUGACCUUUGACCCUUUGACUUCACAGUGUCUAAACUGAGCAAUCAUAAGCACACAGUGAAUUCAUCAGACAGCAGGAGAAGGGCCAAAUGUUUGGUAGCUGUUUGGGUUUUCUUUGUUUUUUAUGUGUGUUAAAUCAUAAUGUUGGACUAUGUAUUAGUUCUUUUUUAAAAGACAAAUCUUUUGAACUCUUGAAAUGCAGUUUCUUUAUGAAUAUAUGUAUAUGUGAAAUGAAUGCACGAGCAUCUUUUGGAUUGGUGUAAAUCUCAAGAUUCUUGAGUUAUUUAUUCGUGGAAGAAAAUCAUAUGUUGUUUUGUUCAUCUUAGAUGUUAACCUCCUCUGCACUGACAUCUGAGGGCAUUUUUUUUUUUUAAAGAUUAAAAGAGGGCUCACUUUUUUGCAGAUUUUUUCUAAUUACUUAUGUCUAUAUUUAGACGUUGACAAGUUUUUAUGGAAGCACUUUUUUGCUUCUCCUAAAUUAAUAUUUGAAGUUUUUUAGAGGUGCCCAUGGCAGUAAUAGUUAGAUACCUGUUUACUUAUACUUUAAGAAACUGACAGAUCUCCAAACUGCUGCUUCACUAAAUUUUGAGGAUUUUUUAUACCCAUUGUUCCCAAAUGCUGUGCACGAAUGCCUUCCAAAUAAUAAAUUCACCUUCCAGAUGGCA